AUGAACCAGUUCCUUGAUUCACAAAAAUUCCUAAGUCAAAAUAUCCUCGAUUACCAAGUGGACCUGUACCUUCGUCAGGAGUGGGAGGACGAGAGGCUACGACACCCAGACAUUACCAACCCACUCGACCUGAAUGAUCCUAACCUGGUCAAAGCCAUAUGGAAGCCUGAGGUGUAUUUCCCUAACGCUAAGCUGGCAGAGUUCCAGUUUGUGACAGUACCUAAUGUUCUCGUCAGGAUUAACCCCAACGGCCAGAUCCUCUACAUGUUGAGGUUAAAGCUCACCUUCGCCUGUAUGAUGGAACUCUCCCGCUUCCCUCUAGACGUACAGGUCUGCACCAUGGAGAUAGGUUCAUUCUCCAAGACGACCCAGGAGCUGAACUUGUCGUGGAAGGAGGGCGACCCCAUCAAGAUCUACCGCGGGCUGAAGAUGCCACAGUUUAACAUCAUCGACAACCAGACCGACCGCUGCCAUGAGGACUUCCAGAUUGGUAACUACAGCUGUCUACGGGCCCUCAUCACCCUGGAGAGGAACAUCGGCUUCCACCUGGUACAGAGUUACCUGCCCAGUAUACUCAUUGUCGUUAUCUCCUGGAUGGGCUUCUGGAUGGAGAGCUCCGUACCUGCCCGCACCUGCCUCAGCGUCACUACCCUCCUCACUGUCUCCAACCAGGCGUCAGUGAGUUCUGAGGUGACUCAGGCCGAUCUGAGACGGCAGGAGCCAGUCUAG